AUGGCUCCCGUUCAGCUCGACUACUCUAACCUGCUUCUCUCUGUCGUCGUCCUCGCGGUUUCCUGCUUCGUCAUCGUAAGAAGCUUCAGGUCAUCAGGCCGCAAAGAUGGCAGCCGAGUACUGCCGCCUUCCCCUCCGGCGCUGCCCAUCAUCGGCAAUCUUCACCAGCUCGGCCGGAGCCACCACUACCGGACACUGCUGGAGCUGGCGCGGCGCCACGGCCCGCUUUUCCUCCUCCAUCUUGGUUCCGUGCCCACACUCGUGGUCUCCUCAGCUUCCAUGGCCGAGGAGGUGCUCAAGGCCCAAGACCACGUCUUCUGCGGCCGUCCGCAGCAGCACACGGCGCGUGGCCUCCUUUACGGCUGCCGGGACGUUGCCUUCAGUGCCUACGGCGAGCGGUGGCGCCAGCUGCGCCGCAUCGCCGUCGUGCACCUCCUCAGCGCGAAGCGGGUCGAUUCCUUCCGCGUGCUCCGGGAAGAGGCGGUCGCGUCCUUCGUGGACCGGGUCCGCGCUGCGGCUAGCGCCCAUGUGGACGACGGCGGUGGAAAGCGCCGACGAGGGGUCAAUGUGAGUGAGUUGUUCAUCAGCUUAACCUACACUGUCAUCUCCAAGGCAGCGUUCGGGAGCAAGCUCGGAGGCAUGGAGCCCGGAGCGAUCCGCAAGAUGAUGAUGGAGACCAGCCAACUGCUGGAGACGAUCGCGGUGAGCGACGUGUUCCCGUGCCUCCGCUGGGUGGACUGGGCGACGGGGCUCGACGCAAGGACAAAGAGGACGGCGAGGAAGCUUGACGCCGUUCUUGAGGUAGCGCUGCAGGAGCACGAGAAGAGCAGCGGGCGCGGGGAUGAUGCCGAUGACCUCCUCGACGACUUGCUCUCGGCCGUGGAGCAAGGCGGCGUGGGCUUAAAUCCUGAUAGGACUGAUGUCAAGGGACUCGUCGUCGUAAGCCAAAGGGUUCUCCUUUCACUGUCGUACACAUUUUAUUGA